CUUUGAUUCAUCUCUUCUUCUCUUCUUUGCUGCCUUUCUUUUUCUCUUUUUUGACAAAUUCUGGACUUUCUGUCACUACUGCAUAUUGAAAUAGCUGUAUAUUAUCUCAAAGAGGCAACAGCACAGGAAUAUGGCCCGACAAGAGCCACUCCUGGCCUCGCACCCGUCCUCCGAUCGCUCGUCCAUCCGCGACGCCGAGGAAGAGGAUGCUCUGCUCACUGGACAACGCACCAACCGCACCCAAAGCCGUAGUUGGGCAUUCUGGAAAGAUGUCGGUCUCUUCACCUGGGCCUUGCUAGCAACAGUCGCCGUCAUUGUUCUGUCUGUCGUCUAUCAGCACGAAGUGGGCCGAGUCAAUGAUGACUCGAAGCAUUCAUGGGGCCCCGGGGGAAAGCCGACCGGCAAGCGCAAUCUAAUCUUCAUGGUGUCCGACGGCAUGGGUCCGGCAAGUCUCACCAUGACCAGAAACUACAAGCAGUACACAGAAGGGCUUCCGAUUGAUGAUAUUCUUGUUCUGGACCGACACAUUAUCGGCACCUCGAGGACGCGGUCGAGCUCCAGCCUCGUGACUGACUCCGCUGCCGGGGCCACUGCGUUCUCUUGUGGCUUCAAGAGCUACAACGGUGCCAUUUCCGUCCUCCCUGACCACUCUCCCUGUGGUACAGUUCUCGAGGCUGCUGCUCUCGCCGGCUACAAAACAGGUCUGGUGGUGACCACCCGUAUUACCGAUGCGACACCAGCCUGCUUCGCUUCCCACGUUAACCUUCGACAGUAUGAAGAUCGGAUCGCGGAGCAGGAGAUUGGUGAACAUCCUCUUGGACGCGUGGUAGAUCUGAUUAUGGGCGGCGGCCGGUGCCACUUCCUGCCUAACACAACCGAAGGAAGCUGUCGGGCCGACGAUCGUGACCUUAUUGAGUUGGCGCAGACGAAUGGGUUCCACUACUUGAAUGACCGGCAGGGGUUCGAUUCUCUAAACGGGGGCGCAGACGUCAAGUUGCCUUUGUUGGGUCUGUUUGCUGAGAAAGACAUUCCCUUCGAGAUUGACCGUCGCAGCCAGAAUGAUGUGUACCCAUCUUUGGAGGAGAUGGCCCGCACCGCGCUCAAGGCUCUUAGCGAGGCUACUGCUGACAGCGACAAGGGAUUUUUCUUGAUGAUUGAGGGCUCCCGUAUCGACCAUGCUGGUCAUGGAAACGAUCCCGCUGCUCAAGUCAACGAGGUAUUGGCUUACGACAAAGCGUUUGCGGCCGUCUUGGACUUCCUUGAGAAAGACUCUACCCCCGGAGUGGUAGUGAGCACGUCCGACCACGAGACUGGCGGUUUGGCUGCUGCAAGGCAGCUCCAUGCAUCUUACCCGGAAUACAAGUGGCUUCCCGGGGUGCUAGCUAACGCUAGUCACUCGUCGGAGUAUGUCAACAAGAAGCUGCAGGACUACAUCUCCAAGGAAAGCGACGUAUCUGCGCAGAAGAAGUUCGCGCGGAAGUUGCUGGAGAAGGAUCUCGGCAUCACCGACGCUACUGAGGAGGAGGUCUGGGCUGUCCUAGAUCCAGAAUCGCCGAUCGCUCCCCAAUAUGUGUUCGCAGAUAUCGUGAGCCGAAGAGCCCAAAUUGGGUGGGCCACCCACGGGCAUUCUGCUGUCGAUGUGAACAUCUAUGCGUCCUCUACGAAGGAUGCGUGGCCUCUUCUGGGAAACAACGAGAACAUUGAUGUUGGAUCGUUCUUGACCAAAUAUCUCGAUCUUGAUCUGAAGCCCGUCACCGACAAGCUUCAAGCUUCCGAAUAUUGGUCCGCGGCCUCGUCGGAGGACCAGGUACCUACAUCAUCGUUCGAUUGGCUGGGUGAUCCCCUCGGCGCGGAUGUCCGUACUGAGGGGAUCGACACCUACCAUGGCGAGUUCAAGCGCUCGCUGUCAGAGAGUGGCUGCAACUGCGGUGGACUCCACUAGAGUAAUAGUCGGCUGACAUGGCCAAUGUAUACUCAUCCUUACUUCAACCGUUAUAUCAUGACUACUUGCAUGGUUAUUCUGGCGUCCGGGGGGAAGGGGGGGUCUUGACCACAUUCGUUCCGGGACAAUCGCUUCAGUCCAGAGCUAGGUAAAUCUUGUACAUAGUGGCUUAUUACACUGGCUAGGACGCAUAGCAACACGCUACUUCCAAGCAUCUAGGGAAUUCUUAUACGUGAUCAUAAUAAGCCCAUGUCAAAACCUACCGUUGGUGGAUUUUAGCUCUUUCAGCCGCCUAUCUCUUUCGUUCUACUUUCGAGUUUAUAUUGGCCAUCGCGGCUUAUUGAAAUUUACUCCAUUCUGAAUUUCAAGUAAAGCAGUC